UGUGAGAAUGAGGCCCCCGUGCCGCCGGCAGCCAUGGAGUUCCUGGAGAACCACGGCAAGAACAUCCUGCUGUCCAACGGCAACCUGACGGCCACCCGCGUCGCCAGCUACAACCAGGGCAUUGUGGUCAUUGCCCACCCCCUGCCCCCGGGCCAGCUGUUCCAGGUUCAGAUCGACUUCCUGAACCCCCAGUGGACGUCGUCCCUGUCCCUGGGCGUCAUCGGCACCUCGCCCGAGCGCCUCAACUUCCCCGCCACGGCCUGCUCCCUCAAGCGCUCCGCCUGGCUGCUGCAGCGCGACUCCGUCUUCCACAACUCGCUCAAGAUCUGUGAGAACUACGGGCCCAAUCUGGACACGUGCCCCGAGGGGACGGUGCUGGGCCUGCUGGUGGACUCGAGCAGCUGUCUGCACCUCUACGUCAACGGGAUGGACCAGGGGGUGGCUGCCCAGGACAUCCCCACCCCCUGCUAUGUGCUCGUCGACCUCUACGGGCAGUGCGAGCAGGUUACCAUAGUAACGAACGACACCCCAGCGCUGGGAGGGGAGAGUGCGGACCCCCACUCCCAGGGGGACAUGGAGAAGGCAGACAUGGUGGAUGGCAUUAAGGAGAGCGUGUGCUGGACGCCCCCCGUGGACAUGAACACCAUGAAGACCUGCGAGUACCAUGCCCUCUGCGCCCGCUUCAAGGACCUCCUGCUGCUGCCAGACGACUACUUCGCGGAAGAUCCUAAAUUCAGCCUCUGCUACUGCGAGUCGUGCCACAAGCUGCGGGGGGAUGAGGCCUAUUACAAGCGGGGGGAGCCCCCCCGGGACUACGCCUUGCCCUUCGGCUGGUGCCGCUUCAACCUCAGGGUGAACCCCCAGCUGGAGGUGGCCAGCACCUGUAAGAAGUGGCACAUUGCUUAUCACGGCACAAGCGUGGGCGCCGUCCGAAGGAUGCUGGACCAAGGGGAGCUGGGGGCAGGUAGGAGGGACCCAGCACUGAGCCCGUCACGCCCCUCCCAGAGCCGGGGAGAGAACCCAGGAGUCCUGGCUCCAAGCCCCCCC